AUGGCAUCCCAGACUGCCAGCCAAGUUAUGAAGCUGUGCUUUGUGACGGUGGGAGCCACUGCGUCAUUUGAUUUACUGCUACUGUCCGUUUUGGAUGAGGUGUUUUUGAAAUCUCUUCAGCAGUUUGGCUACACUCAUCUGCUUGUUCAGUAUGGCAAAGAUGGGCAGACUAUCUUUGAGAACUUCCUCGGCAGCCACCCCGCGGGAGACCCUAGCCUUCAUGGAAUUGAAAUCGAGGGGUUCGACUUUAAUCAGGCAGGUUUAGGGCGGGAGAUGCGUCUGGCACAGGCGAAUCCAUCCGAGGGCCGAAGUGGAGGGGUGAUCAUUAGCCAUGCAGGGUCGGGAAGUAUUCUAGAGGCAAUGCGUCUAGGUAUCCCUCUUGUGGUUGUUCCCAAUGCUUCUCUCAAGGAUAACCAUCAGGAAGAACUGGCUCGUGAAUUGCAAAAGCAAGGAUACGUUGUAGCCAGCAAUUCCAAGGAUGUUGCCAAUGCAGUCGGCAAAGCAGAAGCCCUGCGUUCUCGUAUGUUGACCUGGCCGCCCGUUCGUGGUGCCAGUCAGAAACACCAGCGGACCCUUGAUCAAGUGCUGUCCGAUGAGAUGGGAUUUUUGGAUUAG